CUCCGGAGCUGGACGACGCGGGGAUCUCGGCGUUCAUGUCACCCGUGGGUCUGAAGAGACCAGAUCAAAGGGUCCUGUGCUGGAAGGGAAUUUAAGAUGAAGUUAUGGGAUGUGGUGGCUGUCUGUGUGGUGCUACUCAACACGAUCUCGACUUUUCCUCUCCCUGCUGGUAAGACACUUCCCGAGAGAGAUCGCUCUGAGCUUGAGGGAACCGACGAAGAACACACCUCCCGCAGGCUGCUGACUCCCUACGCUGGCCGAAUGGAUGCUAAUAUGCCUGAGGAUUAUCCCAACCAGAUUGGCGAUGUGGUGGAUUUUAUUCAAGCCACUAUAAAAAGACAGAAGAGGUCACCAGAUAAACCAACUCAGUUUUUCUCUAAACGAGAAAGAAACCGGCAAAAUGCAGCAAAGAACACAAAUAAUUCCAGCGGCAGAAAGGGGCGGAGAGGUCAAAAAGGCAAAUUCCGGGAUUGUGUCUUAACGGAGAUACACUUAAAUGUGACUGACUUGGGUUUGGGAUACAGUACCAAAGAAGAACUGAUUUUCCGGUAUUGUAGUGGUUCAUGCGAGUCUGCUGGAACCCUGUAUGACCAAAUUUUAAACAAUUUAACCCAAAAUAGAAAGUUGGUUAGUGACAAAAUCAGACCACAGCCUUGUUGCAGACCCAUUGCUUAUGACGAUGAUGUUUCAUUUUUGGACGAUGACCUAUCAACUUACCAUGUGCUGAGAAAACAUUCCGCUAAAAAAUGUGGAUGCGUCUGA